AAUUAUUUCCUAACAAAAUGAGCGACGAGGGCCCUCCACCGGGCAGUCCUCUCCACAGAAAGCUCACAAAUGUCAUCUUUCGGCUUACCCAAUCAUGGAGUCCAGGCAAUUGUCAGACACUUUUUCAAGAGAAGGAGAUCAUCGAAAUCUGCUACAGAGCUCGGGAGGCGUUCUGGAAGGAGCCUAUGAAGCUCGAAAUUGAGGCACCUGUCACAAUUUGCGGGGAUAUUCACGGGCAAUUCGAAGAUUUACUUUCAAUGUUCGAUAUUUAUGGAUUCCCGCAUGUUUCUCAGAAAGAUAAAUCGUCAAGAUAUCUAUUCCUCGGCGACUACAUCGAUCGUGGACCAUUCUCAAUUGAAGUGAUCACCCUGCUCUUCGCCUACCGUCUUCUCCAUCCACAAAAGAUGUUCCUGCUACGUGGCAAUCAUGAGAGUCGACCGGUGAACAUGCAGUACGGAUUCUAUAACGAAUGUAAACGCCGAUACAGUGUCACGUUGUACGAGACAUUCCAGUGGGCAUUCUAUUGUAUGCCGUUGUGUGCGAUUGUCGGCGGUCGGAUUAUGUGCAUGCACGGCGGGAUUCCAUUUGGUUUGCUUUCUUUGGAACAAAUUGAUGAAUUUCAACGUCCAACUGACAUUGCCGACGUCGGCAUUCCUUCCGAUCUUUGCUGGGCCGAUCCAGUGUCAGGAGUCGUUGGGUUCCAAGAUUCGCCACGUGGUGCAGGUCAUGUGUUUGGAGAGGCGACGGUCAAAGAGUUCAACGAAAAGUUUAAGCUCGACCUGAUUGUUCGUGCUCAUCAGGUCGUCAUGGAUGGAUACGAGUUUUUUGCCGACAAGAAGCUCGUGACAAUCUUCUCGGCGCCGUGUUAUUGUGGUCACUUUGAUAAUCUGGGAGCAGUGUUGCAAGUGGCUACCAAUAUGGAAUGCACGAUCAAUACGUUUGGACAUGACCUAUCGGCCGCGCCAAUCAAGAAGGCUCCUGCUCCAGCACAAGUGGCUGCUGCACCAGUGACGAAAUAAUGAAUUGAUUACUUGCUCAUAAUUUAUUUAUUUUUCAAAAAUUAUCAAAAACCUCCAACAUGAAUAGAUAUUUUUUCUAUGAAUAA